AUGGAAGGAACAGAUCCAUCCACAGAACGUGCGAGUUCUGAGCAUGUCGGCGUUGCUGUACCAUAUCCCACUCCAACGCUGGAGCAGGGCUCCGUCACCCACUCAGAAAGCAACAUCCCACGCCGUUUUGCCUCUUUCUCAUACCCCCAAAGGGAGAAAGUUGUGUCUCGAGAAGACGCCCCAAAAGAUACAGAACCCGAGAGGGAACCCGAUGUGGAGACAGGUAGGUUUGUCAAGCCCAGCUACACUGGCAUACGAUCCGGCAUCAGCAGGCUCUGGCGACGAGCGGCCACUCCUCAACCAGACAAAGACAAUCACAUAGCAGAAACUACUCCUUCAUCUUCGUUUUCUUCGCCCGAAAAGAUUGGCAAGGCAGGAAGCGAAAAUGGCCAGGCCGCGGAGAUCAACGAGAAAGCAGCUGAGCCACUCUCGCAAGAGGAUGGGUUGGGGCUGUCGCGAUUCAUGAGCCUCACAAAACAAACCACGGCCGACGCGCCUCUCUACAAGAUUCGAACUGCGGAGAAGGCGCCAGUGCAACCCGGGGUUUAUUUCCGAUCACGGAGAGUGAAAGCCGGUGAGGUGGAUACAUCGUGGCUAGACCAUAUCAAAGAUCCUCGACAGAAAUGGCAGAGUAUACUGCCAUUGUUGGGCUUGUUUCUCGGGCUCUGCAUUUCCGGGGUCAACAUAUACAUGGGCUACAGAAGUGUCCCUGUCCACAACUACUGUCUUCUUUACGACGAUGACUUCUCCGAGCCCAAGCUGAACAAAGAUGUUUGGCUCCAAGAGGUGCAGGUGGGAGGUUUCGGGAACGGCCAGUUCGAGGAAACCACUGGCGACGAGGAAAACGUGUUCAUCAAAGACCACAUGUUACAUAUCAUGCCAACCCUUCAAGAUGAACGUCUCAUCACGCAGAAUACGACCAUCAAUCUACUUGAACGGGGCACUUGUACGGCAACCGGGUGGUUCGACUGCGUGGCGACAACCAACACCACCAACGGUACCAUUGUCAACCCGGUGAAAUCGGGCCGCCUCAACUCCCGUAAAGGGGCGAAUAUCCGAUUCGGACGUGUCGAGGUCGUGGCCAAGAUGCCUCAAGGGGAUUGGCUGUGGCCGGCGAUCUGGAUGUUCCCCACGAAUUCCGAUUACGGGACUUGGCCUGCCAGCGGCGAGAUCGAUAUCGUUGAAACCCGUGGUAACAACUGGACCUAUCCCCAGAGUGGGAAUGAUAUCAUCUCGUCCACCCUCCACUGGGGCCCCGACACAGCUCAUGACGGUUGGUGGCGGACUUAUCAUAAGGAAAAGGCACUUCACUCGACCUUUUCCGACCGCUUCCAUACCUUCGGCCUGGAGUGGACCGAGAAAUACAUCUAUACAUAUCUCGACAGUCGCCUCCUGCAGGUCCUCUAUCACAAAUUCACUUCCUUCUGGGAGAUUGGCGGGUUCACCGGGCUGAGUCUGGCCACUGUGGGCAAUAUCUGGGGCAACGGCACCGUGGCGGCACCGUUCGACAGAGACUUUUCCCUGAUCUUAGAUGUCGCCGUUGGUGGCACUAACAACUGGUUCCAAGAUGGAGUGGCCGGCAAGCCCUGGGAAGACUCGAGCCAAAUCGCGAAGAAGCAAUUUUGGGAUGCGAGGGACCAGUGGUAUCCGACCUGGGAGAAUCACAAUGGACAUGCAAUGAAGAUCAAGAGCGUCAAGAUGUGGCAGCUGCAGGGCUAUAACGGUUGUGGAGACAAUGCACGGCCAAUUGGAUGA